GGCUCUCCGAAGUGUGGGCGGCUGCUCCGGUGCCUCUGCCGUCCGUCCUGGUUCGCGGCGGCUGCACCCCAGUUCCAAGGCCGAGCCGUGAAGCUUCGGCGGCCUUACUUAGCCGCGGACCGCCCUCCGCUUUCCGGUGCCCGCGGCGGCGCCGAGUCUGACUGGGGCGGGGGCCGCGGCCCCUCGGGCUAGCGAGGAUGAGCUUCCUCUUCAGCAGCCGCUCUUCGAAAACAUUCAAACCAAAGAAGAAUAUUCCUGAAGGCUCCCAUCAGUAUGAACUCUUAAAACAUGCAGAAGCCACUCUGGGAAGUGGCAAUCUGAGGCAAGCUGUCAUGUUGCCGGAGGGCGAGGACCUCAAUGAAUGGAUUGCUGUUAACACUGUGGAUUUCUUCAAUCAGAUUAACAUGUUGUAUGGAACCAUUACAGAAUUCUGCACUGAGGCAAGCUGCCCAGUCAUGUCCGCAGGUCCCAGGUAUGAAUACCAUUGGGCAGAUGGCACUAAUAUUAAAAAGCCGAUCAAAUGUUCUGCACCAAAAUACAUUGACUAUUUGAUGACUUGGGUUCAGGAUCAGCUUGAUGAUGAGACCCUUUUCCCUUCGAAGAUUGGUGUCCCAUUUCCCAAAAACUUCAUGUCUGUGGCAAAGACGAUUCUGAAGCGACUCUUCAGGGUGUACGCCCAUAUUUACCACCAGCACUUUGACUCCGUGAUGCAGCUGCAAGAGGAGGCCCACCUCAACACCUCCUUUAAGCACUUUAUUUUCUUUGUUCAGGAGUUUAAUCUGAUUGAUAGGCGUGAAUUGGCACCACUUCAGGAAUUAAUUGAGAAGCUCGGAUCUAAAGACAGAUAAAUAUUUCUUCUAGAACACAGUUACCCUCUUGCUCUAUCUACUGUUAGCACUCUCUCAUUGCUGUCUGGUAUGGACUAGUGAUACUGACUAUAAGAAAACAGGAUCAAAAGACCCAUUGCAGAGAAAAUUGUCCCAAAGGUAGGUUGGCCGGAUAUCUUCAGUACAAGAUCUGUGGCACAGCCGAAUUGGAGCUUGCUGUGUGGCCAUCCUGUCCUGUUAGGGUCCUCUGUUGUCACCUUACGACUAACCUGUAGUUUGUUGCUGAUCUUUUGUUCAUGAAAGUGAUUGAGUUUUUCUGUGUGACUGCAUAAUGGACAUUAAGGAUUUCAGAACAAAUUUCUUCAUACAGAUCAGUUUUGCUUCAUUUUGCAAAUUGAAAUGGUGUUCCAUUUCUGAAUUCUAGCAUCUAGAGCUUCUGUUUCCCCUAGAUAGCCUUAGGUUUGCGUCUGUGUGCUGGUGUUAUUUUUAGCCAGGCAUGAUGGUGCAUGCCUGUACCUGACACUGUGGAGGCAGAGGUAGGUAGGCACAUUGGAGAGUAGCCUGGGCUACAUAGUGAACUUGUGGCUGAAAAAAUACUUUGUUAUGCAAAAUCCACAAGGCUUAAACCACAGGCAUAUAUGACAUGAGAUUAACCAAAGUUAUUUUAAGUGACUUAAAACUUUUUGGGAUUUGAGUCCUUGCCUGUCUAGAUGAGGGUGAAUAACAGAUGAAGUCUUGUGUCUUCUGAUGGCGGCCUUGCAGGUUCGUUCUCCUUUUAAAACUCCUCACUUAGGUUUUGGCAGAGAUCAAGAAACUUCCAAAAAACUGUGACAGACUCUGGCCUCAAAGCCACUAUUUUCAUUGAUGAUUUGUGAGGCCUUGCAGUUCUGGAGGGGAUAAUAGAAAAAAGUAUUUAGAGUACUUGAUUAUUUGCUAAGUGAUUCCAUGUUUUUAUUACAACUUGAAACUUACAUUUAUAUGUAGAAAUGCAGACUUUAUAGCAAUAAGGAAAAAAGUAACUUGAGGGUGCUUGUGCCUGCAGGUCUUCCUGCUGCCCGUGAGGGGGGAGCUGGAAACCCAGCCAGGGGAGUGAGUGAACAGCAUGCUUCAUCUGUUACUACACAAAGGCUGCAUUGAGUUCUAGGGGUCUCUCCUACUUUGUCUUUGUAUCAGAGCUUGACAAUUCCUUAUGCUAUCAGGAUAAAAGACUCCUUUAUUGAGGAAGGUGCCUGCCUUCAUUUAGUCCUCAGAUCUAGUCAGUUCUGGCUGCCUCCUCAGGUAUACAUAGCAUCCUAAGUAUCUUGGACACCUGCCCGAUGGCCAGUGCUGUAGUUUAUCUGCGUUCAGUGUGUCAGAACUGGGACUUAGACAGUGCUUACUGACUGCCUACAUGGCAUGGUUUAUAAAGGUUAGAGUUGAGAAGGCUUUUGUUAUUUUUGACUCCAUAAAAAACUGUAUAAGAAAGAAUUCAUUAGAAACUCCAACUUUUUUUGUUAGUUUAGUUGUUGGUUGUUUUUGUUUGUUUGCUUGUUUGUUUUUUUGAGUCAGGGUUUCUCUGUAGCUUUGGAGCCUAUCCUGGAACUCACUCUGUAGACCAGACUGGCCUUGAACUCACAGAAAUCGGCCUGUCUCUGCCUCCUAAAUGCUGGGAUUAAAGGCGUGCAGAAACCCCAGUUUUAAUAACUAACUUUUAGUAUGUUCUUAAGUAUGCUUAGAAUUUUCAAGGAACUGUUUGUCUUAUUUUUGCUGAAACCACACAUCACCAUUAGAGGAAUUCAAGGCAGGAUUAUGGUUUGGAAACAAUUUCCUAAACCGGGUGUAUGCAGAAAUCGAGAUGUCGGCUGUUCUGCUCUGCAGACAGGAAGCAGGCUUCUAGAUGCCACCAAGAAAGCAUCAUCCCUCAACCACAGCAUUUACUUUGAUUUGCUUAAGUGAAAUUCUCUUUCUUAACCAGGGCUCAGUCAUUUUUAUGAUAUCUGGCACCGUCAAUUCAAAGGUUUCAGUGACAGAAAUGCCUCCCUGUGACUGAGCUCCAGAUGGGUAGAUGCUAAGGUAGGAGGCAUAUGGAACAUAACAGCAAACCCUUGCUGGUGGUUUGGAACUUGAGCUCUCCUUGUAUGUCCCCUGGCCUCGUUUUUCCUUCUGUCUUUUUAAAUGAAAAGAGUACCAAACUCCCAAACUGACUUGCCUUAACCAGUAGUGUACACAUUAUGCUGUUUGCUCACUUCUGAGGAGGGUGCCUUUAUAACAUCAGAAGCAAUCAGUCCGUCCUGGGUUUAUCUACCUACUACCUGCCCCCCUCCUCUACCCUCACCCCAGUAGGAGGACUCAACUGUCUCAUCUGUUCUGCUCCCUAGACUUGGUUUCAGUGGCUUCCAAUUGCCUGGUGAACCCCACCUUAGCCUGUGGUGCUUUAACUUCCAGGACUUUACAAAACUUGGACAAUGAUAGAAGGAUUAAAGAAACUAGUCAUAUUUCAUUGCUAUCCAGUUUUUGUGUUGACAGCCACUAUAGUGUUGCUCUGCUGACAGAAUAAAGUGACUUAGCAGCAGCCAGGUAGCCAAGGGUUUUUCACCCUGGCCUGCAGAGCUCUAGUUCACACGACUGCUCACUGGAGAACUGCAGGUCUUUGUUCUUCAUGACUGCAGCAAAGGCCAGGCAUCGUCCUGGUGGCAAGGUUUCCUGUGUGUACUCUUGGCUUCUCUCUAAGCCCUAAGAUCAUACAGUAGUAGAGUUUCUCAGAAAUGAAGUCAUUACCUCAGAAGCAUAAACAAUUCAGGCCUGAAGAGUGUGGGCCGUACAAGUGUGUUUCUAGUCAUGGUGCCAGGUCUCCUCUACUCUCAGUGGGAGCUACCCCAUGUCAGGAUGGAGCCCUGGCCUAAACAGUGCCAGCCUGGACAUGAGCUGCUGAGCACCUUCCUGAGGUCAAUGGGAGUUGUGGCAAAGAAGGAAAGGAAGGAGUCUUGGUCUUUCUGUUUUUAUAUUCAGUUUUGAUGCUGGCUCUGAGGGGCUUUGGAGCACAGAUGACAGCAGUAAUUUUACUGAAGCAGCUGCAUGGAGAUUCAGUUUUUUCAUCAGAGUGUAUCAAGUAAAGCCAAACGGAUGGCCCGUGUGCUAUGGGCUGCUUAUAGAACAACAUUCUGUGUUGGUCUGCAUCAAACAUUAUUUGCAUAAGAUAGUCUUGGUUACCAUCUAAAAAAAACUCCUCAUGGGAAAAAAUUAUGUUGUAUUUUUAAACCUUUAGGGCUUUAUUCUAUUUUUCUAAGUCGUUAACUGUACUUUUUAAAAAAGUAUUUUGUAUCUACUUUUGUAACUUCAUCAGAAUAAACUAUAUUGAAAGCAA